CACCCUGACCAUGUACUUCCAGCAGUACUGGAGGGACAAGAGGCUCGCCUACUCCGGCAUCCCGCUCAACCUCACGCUGGACAACCGCGUGGCCGACCAGCUGUGGGUGCCGGACACCUACUUCCUGAACGACAAGAAGUCCUUCGUGCACGGAGUGACGGUGAAGAACCGCAUGAUCCGCCUGCACCCUGACGGGACGGUGCUGUACGGGCUCAGAAUCACCACCACGGCGGCGUGCAUGAUGGACCUGAGGCGGUACCCCCUGGACGAGCAGAACUGCACCCUGGAGAUCGAAAGCUACGGCUACACCACGGACGACAUUGAGUUCUACUGGCGCGGAGGCGACAACGCGGUGACCGGCGUGGAGAGGAUCGAGCUGCCGCAGUUCUCCAUCGUGGAGCACCGGCUGGUCUCCCGGAACGUGGUCUUCGCCACAGGCGCCUACCCGCGGCUCUCCCUGAGCUUCCGGCUGAAGAGGAACAUCGGGUACUUCAUCCUGCAGACCUACAUGCCCUCCAUCCUCAUCACCAUCCUCUCCUGGGUGUCCUUCUGGAUCAAUUACGACGCCUCCGCCGCCAGGGUGGCCCUGGCCGCCCGGGUGGACGCCCACGGGAAUAUCCUGCUGACGUCCCUGGAGGUGCACAAUGAGAUGAACGAGGUGGCGGGCGGCCUCGGGGACACCCGGAACUCCGCCAUCUCCUUCGACAACUCAGGGAUCCAGUACCGGAAGCAGAGCGCGGCCCGGGAGGGGCCCGGGCGGCACCUGGGGGACCGGGGCCUGACCCACAAGAAGACGCACCUGCGCCGGCGGUCCUCGCAGCUCAAGAUCAAGAUCCCCGACCUGACCGACGUGAACGCCAUCGACCGGUGGUCCCGCAUCGUGUUCCCCUUCACCUUCUCGCUCUUCAACCUGGUCUACUGGCUCUACUACGUCAACUGAGCGGCCGGCGGUACCCGAGUUUCGCUUUUCUUUUCCUCAAAGACGUCACCUAACAACACUGAGUGGAAUAUUCCUCUGCCUGUCGAGUUUUUCUACCUGCUCACAAGCACACACUCACACACACACACACACACACACACAGACACACACACGCACACAGAUAACAUACGCAGUUGUAUAUAUAUGUGACCUUUCUCAGCAUAUAUAUAAGACACACGUGUCUAUGAGGAUGUAUGUGUAUAUGUUUCUACACGCGGGUGUACGCACCCCCGUGGGUUGCCAAACACACACACGUACAUGUGACCUACCUGUUUGCAGCUCUGGACAAACUCCACGCAGGAUGCACAUGCGAGAAAGUCACGGUGCGUGUUUUUUAAAUGCAAGGGACGAGCGUUGUCUGAAUAUCAUGCCUUGAGAAUGAGGGCGGGACCCCUACUGUCACCCCAAACUGUGUCUCUUGUUCCCCUAAGUUACAGCUGUUUUGGUUU